AUGGAAUCAAACUUGACUCCAUCCUCUGGUCAAGAUUCAACUACCAAUUCUCAAUCAAUUAGAAGUAAGAUCGAUCCUGCAUGGGAGCAUGUUUCUGAAGAAAGAUAUGCAAAUGGAAGGAAAGCUCUUAUUUGUUUGUAUUGUAAAAAGAUUACAAAAGGUGGGGGUAUUCAUAGAAUGAAACAAUAUCUUGCUGGAGUGAAAGGAGAUAUUGGUCCAUGUAAAUCGGUUCCUCCUGAUGUAAAAUUUCGAAUGGAAAAUUCUUUGCAAGAGUUUGUGAAUUUUAAGAAAGCAGCCCAAGAAGCAUAUGAAUGUAGAAAUCCUUAUGGUCCUAAUGUGUCACAAUUUGAAGGGGAUGGGGCAGAAGGUGAAGAAGAGGUUCAACAAAUGCAAAGUCCUAUGGCAGCUAAUAGUGGAAAAAGGAAAAAAUCAACUGUGGAUAAGUAUUUUGCACCAAGAAAUACUCAAGGAGCUCAACCUUCCAUGAGGAGUGUACUAGCUAGGAAAGAAGUUAUUUGGAGAGCGGAUAUAGCGGUUGGGAGAUUCUUUUAUGAUGCAUGCAUUCCUACUAAUGCAGUGAAUUCCUUCUACUUCAAGCCAAUGUUGAAUGUUAUAUCUGCAAUUGGUCCUAGAUAUAAGGGUCCAAAUUACCAUCAACUACGGGUUAAUCUUUUAAAGGAUGCCAAGAAGGAAGUUCAGUUACUUGUGGACUCUUAUCGUGCAAUUUGGGCAAAAGUUGGGUGUACAAUAAUGGGUGAUGGUUGGACAGAUAAUAGACAAAGAACACUCAUCAACUUCAUUGUGUAUUGUACUGAAGGAAUAUCAUUUGUGAAAUCCGUUGAUGCUUCAGACAUUGUCAAGGAUGCAACUAAUUUGUUUCAGUUAUUUGAUGAGGUGAUUGAAUGGGUUGGUCCACUCAAUGUAGUUCAUAUAAUCACUGAUAAUGCAGCAAAUUAUGUGGCCGCGGGGAGAUUGAUUUCUUAG